AGUGAAAGCAUCUUGGAACCAGAGGGAGAUCUAGCAGGUCAUCACUUUACAAACCACCAGACAGACGGGCGACAGCCGGAGAGGACUGACAUCCCCGAACCCAAGCGAGUCAUUCUUCCGGAGCCACCGCUUGCCCUCUCAGGUUCCUCUGGCUCCAUAGCCCGAACUUUCUUUCGGUUUUGUCAGUCUUGGCUGUCCCCACGACUGACUGGCCGUGAGUCUGGAAACGGGUGAAGGAGCUCCGCCUUCGGGAAUUCCCCGACGUGGGCGCUGGGUGCUGCGUAGGCUCCGGGCACUGACCCCACGGUUGGUUCGGGACCGCGCGCGGGGAGCAGCGGCACCUCCACCGCGCGCCCUCUCCCCGCCUGAGCUUGGCACCGACGGCAGCGCCUCCGCAGAACCUCGGGCAGCCGGGGAAUCAGCUGGAUGUCGGCUAAGUGGCCUGGCGGCAACAAGCUCCGCUAAGCCCGGAGAUGAGGCAGGGCUUCGGACCUCUGCCCCUAGCGCCCUUUCUCUACUUGCUGGCUCUGCUGACCCCGCCAGGUGAUGGCAACCAGGGGAGUGUCACUGGAAGCUGUUCCUGUAAAAAAACAAUUCCUCCUGCCACACUGGUACCAGCUACUAGCUUGAAUUAUAUCCGACAACACCUGCAAACAUACGAUCACUGUCCAUUAAUCACCAGGUUCUGGUUAACGAAGUCCGGGAAGUCCUUCACUGUGUGUGGGGACAGCCGGGAACAGUGGGUCCUUGAUUUGGUAAAGUGCGUUGACAGCAAAGAGUGUGGAAAUGGCCAUGGGAAGAGCCUGCACCACCAGGAGCAUCUGCCUCACACUAAUACCCAGAUCCCUGUGGCCACCAAGGGGACACCUCCAGCCACAAGCACCCCUGCACAGAUGCAGAGUACCCAGCAGUCCACUUUCCCAUCUGGAGCACUGUCUUUGAACAAAGGGGCCACCCACCACAGUGAGACGAGCACUCUCACCUCAGGCUAUGAAGGCACUGCUCUCACCUCAGGCUUUGACCCGGAAGCUAGACUGGAGGCUGAAGCAAAUAAAAACCACCAAGAGGACAAACAGCAAGAAGGAAAACCAGGAGCUUCAGCUGGCAAAGCAGCCUUGGUGCCAGUGCUGUCCCUCCUGGCCAUCGUUUUCCUUCUCACGGCAGCCAUGGCCUACGUGCUGUGCAGCAGGAGAGACAGGCAGCGGAGAGACGCAGAUCUGCAGCUCCAUUAUACACUUGUGAACUCUAGUGCCUGAAGCAGGACUGGGGCUUUGGAGAGAAGACGCGGGAGAGAGAUGGCAGGCUGGGCUCCGUCAGUGAACUGGACCUUCGCUCGUUCUUUCACGUCAUAAACCUGGGUAGCUUUGAGCUGUUGAUUCUCUGCCUCUCCCUGCAGACAUACACCACAUCUGCCCUAAUUUACUGCUGUACAUAACGCAGUUAGAACUUUGUUUUGCUUAGGGAGGAUCUUACUCAGUCCAAGUCGGCCUCAAAUUCCCUAUGUGACUGAGGAUGACUACUGAAUCUCCUGCCUCCACUUCCAUAGUGCUGGAUUACACACUUGCUAAACACUUUUUUUAAUGAUUUACCUUUAUGUGCAUUGGUGUGAAGGUGUCAGAUCUCGUGG